AGUCAUUUCUGAAAGCGUCCUUCCUGAGAGACAUCAGGUGUUUGGCUCAGAAAUGGAUCGGUUUCUUUGUUUUUUCUUUUUGUUGGCGUCUGUAGCGCUGAUUAAUGGCCAGGUCAUCCCAGAUAUUAUUGCCAUCAGCCAAGGCGAUGUCAUCCCAGAAAUUAUUGCCCACAGCCAAGGUACCUCUGCCAGCAGCCAAGUUACUACUGCCAGCAGCCUAGAUACGACUGCCAGCACCCAAGUCACUGGCAGCACAGUGACCGGCACUGACGCAUGUGUGGAUGCCAAAGUGGCUGAUGUGGUCUUCUUGGUGGACAGUUCGGGCAGCAUUGGCAGUACCAAUUUCCAGGAGGUCCGAGAGUUUCUGCAGACCGUGGUGUCUGGUUUGGACAUCGGUCCUGACAAUGUCCGCGUGGGUUUGGCACAAUACAACCAAGACCCUGUUCUAGAGUUCUCGUUGCUAGAACACAUGGAUAAGAACUCCCUGCUGGCCGAACUGGGUAACCUCCCCUACCUGGAGGGAGGUACACAGACAGGCGAGGCCAUCGACUUCAUCCGGACGCAGCUGUUCAACGAAAACGCAGGAAGCCGAGCGAGCCAGGGGGUGCCUCAGAUCGCCGUGGUCAUCACAGACGGAGUCUCCGGCGACGACGUAGUUCAGCCUGCUCUGCGCCUCAGAGAACACGGGGUCACCGUCUUCGCAAUCGGAGUGGGAGGAGCCAUUGUGAACGAGCUGGAUGCCAUCGCGAACCAACCGUCUGAGAACUUCCGAUUCUUGAUCGACAGCUUCCAAUCUCUUCAGAGCGUGAGCGAGGUUGUCCUGGAAAACAUAUGCAAUGCCAUUAACAACAAGUUUUCAAUUCCCGGCCCACCAGCAGCAUGUGUGAAUGCCACAGUGGCUGAUGUGGUCUUCUUGGUGGACAGUUCGGGCAGCAUUGGCAGUGUCAAUUUCCAGGAGGUUCGAGAGUUUCUCCAGACCGUGGUGUCUGGUUUCGACAUCGGUCCUGACAAUGUGCGCGUGGGUUUGGCACAAUACAACCAAAACCCUGUUCUAGAGUUCUCGUUGAUGGAACACUUGGAUAAGGACUCUCUGCUGGCCGAACUGGGUAACCUCCCCUACCUGGGGGGAGGUACACAGACGGGCAGGGCCAUCGACUUCAUCCGGACGCAGCUGUUCAACGAAAGUGCAGGAAGCCGAGCGAGCCAGGGGGUGCCUCAGAUCGCUGUGGUCAUCACAGACGGAGCCUCCGGCGACGACGUAGUUCAGCCUGCUCUGCGCCUCAGAGAACACGGGGUCACCGUCUUCGCGAUCGGAGUGGGAGGAGCCAAUGUGAUUGAGCUGGAGGCCAUUGCGAACCAACCGUCUGACGACUUCCGAUUCUUGAUCGACAACUUCCAAUCUCUUCAGAGCCUGAGCGAGGUUGUCCUGGAAACCAUAUGCGAAUCCAUUUCCAACCCGACACAAGUUCCCGGCCCACCAGCAUGUGUGAAUGCCACAGAGGCUGAUGUGGUCUUCUUGGUGGACAGUUCGGGCAGCAUUGGCAGUGCCAAUUUCCAGGAGGUCCGAGAGUUUCUCCAGAACGUGGUGUCUGGCUUGGACAUCGGUCCUGACAAUGUCCGCGUGGGUUUGGCACAAUACAACCAAGACCCUGUUCUAGAGUUCUCGUUGAUGGAACACAUGGAUAAGAACUCUCUGCUGGCCGAACUGGAUAACCUCCCCUACCUGGGGGGAGAUACACAGACAGGCGAGGCCAUCGACUUCAUCCGGACGCAGCUGUUCAACGAAAGCGCAGGAAGCCGAGCGAGCCAGGGGGUGCCUCAGAUCGCCGUGGUCAUCACAGACGGAGCCUCCGGCGACGGCGUAGUUCAGCCUGCUCUGCGCCUCAGAGACCACGGGGUCACCGUCUUUGCUAUCGGAGUGGGAGGAGGAGCCAAUGUGAACGAGCUGGAGGCCAUCGCGAACCAACCGUCUGACGACUUCCGAUUCUUGAUCGACAGCUUCCAAUCUCUUCAGAACGUGAGCGAGGUUGUCCUGGAAAACAUAUGCGAUGCCAUUACCGACCAGUUGCGAGCAUGUGUGGAUGCCACAGUGGCUGAUGUGGUCUUCUUGGUGGACAGUUCAGGCAGCAUUGGCAGUACCGAUUUCCAGGAGGUCCGACGGUUUCUCCGGACCGUGGUGUCCGAAUUCGACAUCGGUCCUGACAAUGUCCGUGUGGGUUUGGCACAAUGCAACCAAGACCCCUUUCUCGAGUUCUCGUUGCUAGAACACACGAAUAAGGACUCUCUGCUGGCCGAACUGGAUAACCUCCCCUUCAGGGGGGGAUGUACGGAGACAGGCGAGGCCAUCGACUUCAUCCGGACGCAGCUGUUCAAUGAAAACGCAGGAAGCCGAGCGAGCCAGGGGGUGGCUCAGAUCGCCGUGGUCAUCACAGACGGAGUCUCCGGCGACGACGUAGUUCAGCCUGCUCUGCGCCUCAGGCAACACGGGGUCACCGUCUUCGCGAUCGGAGUGGGAGGAGCCAAUGUGAACGAGCUGGAUGCCAUCGCGAACCAACCAUCUGAGAACUUCCGAUUCUUGAUCGACAGCUUCCAAUCUCUUCAGAGCGUGAGCGAGGUUGUCCUGGAAAACAUAUGCAAUGCCAUUACCGACCAGUUUUCAAUUCCCGGCCCACCAGCAUGUGUGGAUGCCACAGUGGCUGAUGUGGUCUUCUUGGUGGACAGUUCGGGCAGCAUUGGCAGUACCGAUUUCCAGGAGGUCCGACGGUUUCUCCGGACCGUGGUGUCCGGUUUGAACAUCGGUCCUGACAAUGUCCGCGUGGGUUUGGCACAAUACAACCAAGACCCUGUUCUAGAGUUCUCGUUGCUAGAACACACGAAUAAGGACUCUCUGCUGGCCGAACUGGGUAACCUCCCCUUCAGGGGGGGAUCUACAGACACAGGCGAGGCCCUUGACUUCAUCCGGACGCAGCUGUUCAACGAAAGUGCAGGAAGCCGAGCGAAACAGGGUGUCCCUCAGAUCGCCGUAGUCAUUACAGAUGGAGUCUCCACAGACGACGUAGUUCAGCCUGCUCUGCGCCUCAGACAACACGAGGUCACCGUCUUCGCUAUCGGAGUGGGACUCGUCAAUGUGACCGAGCUGGAUGCCAUCGCUAACCAACCGUCUGAGGACUUCCGAUUCUUGAUCGACAACUUCCAAUCUCUUCAGAACGUGAGCGAGGUUGUCCUGGAAAACAUAUGCGAAUCCAUUAACGACCAGUUGCCAGAUGAUGACAGUACAGAUACUACUGCCAGCAGCCAAGAUACGACUACCAGCAGCCGAGACGAUGGCAUCACAGAUACUACUGUCAGCAGCCAAGAUACGACUGCCAGCAGCCCAGACGAUGGCGUCACAGAUACUACUGUCAGCAGCCAAGGCGAUGACAGCACAGCUACUACUGCCAGCAGCCAAGCAUGUGUGAAUGCCACAGUGGCUGAUGUGGUCUUCUUGGUGGACAGUUCGGGCAGCAUUGGCAGUACCGAUUUCCAGGAGGUCCGACGGUUUCUCCGGACCGUGGUGUCCGAAUUCGACAUCGGUCCUGACAAUGUCCGUGUGGGUUUGGCACAAUGCAACCAAGACCCCUUUCUCGAGUUCUCGUUGAUGGAACACUUGGAUAAGGACUCUCUGCUGGCCGAACUGGAUAACCUCCCCUUCAGGGGGGGAUGUACGGAGACAGGCGAGGCCAUCGACUUCAUCCGGACGCAGCUGUUCAACGAAAGUGCAGGAAGCCGAGCGAGUCAGGGGGUGUCUCAGAUCGCCGUGGUCAUCACAGACGGAGUCUCCGGCGACGACGUAGUUCAGCCUGCUCUGCGCCUCAGACAACACAGCGUCACCGUCUUCGCUAUCGGAGUGGGAGGAGGAGCCAAUGUGACCGAGCUGGAUGCCAUCGCUAACCAACCAUCUGAGGACUUCCGAUUCUUGAUCGACAACUUCCAAUCUCUUCAGAGCGUGAGCGAGGUUGUCCUGGAAAACAUAUGCGAAUCUAUUACUAACCACAUCCAAGCAUGUGUGAAUGCCACAGUAGCUGAUGUGGUCUUCUUGGUGGACGGUUCGCGCAGCAUUGGCAGUGCCAAUUUCCAGGAGGUCCGAGAGUUUCUCCGGACCGUGGUGUCUGGUUUCGACAUCGGUCCAGACAAUAUCCGCGUGGCUUUGGUACAAUACAGCACCAACCCUUUUCUGGAGUUCUUGUUGCUAGAACACAUGGAUAAGAACUCUCUGCUGGUCGAACUGGAUAACCUCCCCUACCGGUUGGGAGGUACACAGACAGGCGAGGCCAUCGACUUCAUCCGGACGCAGCUGUUUAACGAAAACGCAGGAAGCCGAGCGAGCAAGGGGGUGCCUCAGAUCGCCGUGGUCAUCACAGACGGAGACUCCCAAGACGACGUAGUUCAGCCUGCUCUGCGCCUCAGAGAACACGGGGUCACCGUCUUUGCGAUCGGAGUGGGAGGAGCCAAUGUGAUUGAGCUGGAGGCCAUUGCGAACCAACCGUCUGAGGACUUCCGAUUCUUGAUCAACAACUUCCAAUCUCUUCAGAGACUGCGCGAGGUUGUCCUGGAAACCAUAUGCGAAUCUAUUACCAACCCCAUCCCAGUUACUGGCCCACCAGAUGAUGAAGACGAUCUCAUGAUUCAAGGAAGAGUGUACCUGCAUAUAAAAGCUCAGGUUAAUUUUACCCUGGGAGUUAAUGUGACAGAAAUCCUGCAACAAUUCAUCAUUAAUGCUACUCGUGAGUUCUGUGACGACUGCCAACUUGACUUUAAUUCUACAACGGUGACCCUCGACCAGUCACCCUGAUGGAGGUUUAACCUCUCCGCGUGCAAGAGAGGAGAAGCCCACUGUUGUUCCAGUUUGUCAAUCAUGGCGUGCGCUUGUAUGCACAGGGAUGACAUUAAUGCACGCUCAUGUGAACCUAUGACAAUAAAAGAGGUCAGCACU